UGCUGGCUUGUUAGUGGAGAUGCGGGGGAUAACAAUUUCAUGGUCUCUGCAAUACUGCGAUCUCCUGUCUUUUGUCCCCUCGUGUGUGAUGCUAAGGAUCCCCCUUGGUCUCGUGGUGCCGGCUGCUGGACGGUUGUCGAGGUCUCUUGGUGGCGCAUGCAAGAUUUCACUGUGCUUACGCAUGUGUGUGCCAUGGAACAACCAUGCGUGCUGCAGCAGAGGAGGAAGAGGAGAGAUACGGAAGCAGAGUAGGAUAGGUAGGUUUCGAGUUUUUUUUAGUUAUUGGAAGCUACAGUGUUUCCUACUCUCAAAAAGACAGAUAAAAAAGGCGGUGAGAAUAAGUAGGUAUUCCCUCUCUCUCUCCCUCUCCCUUCAGUCAUCCCUCAUCCUCAUUCAAAACAUCUCCAACUUAAAACCUCAUGCAAGGUCUUUGCACGCAAGCAAUGGAUCGUGCGCUUGUUCAAUUGUUUCUUCCCUCCUUCCUGUCUCUCUCUCUCUCUCUCUCUCUCUCAUUUGCUACAAAGAUUUGCUGUGGCUUUGUGAGCAAGCCUUGUGUAUUUUAAUACGUCUAUAA